GCGGUUUGGAAGUUGAAGAACACCAAGAACGAGAAGCAGCAGAAGGAGAAGCAGAAGAAGAAGCAGAAGCGGCAGAAGCAGCAGAAGUAGAAGCAGAAGCAGAGGCCGAAGCAGCAGCAGCAGGAGGAGGAGGGGCAGCAGAAGGAGAAGAAGCAGAAGGCGAUGAAGCAGAAGCAGCCGCAGAAGAAGAGGCAGAAGAAGAGGCAGAAGAAGACGAAGACGGACAAGAAGAAGAAGAAGGAGAAGCAGAAGCAGAAGCAGACGAAGACGAAGAAGCAGACGAAGAAGAAGAAGACGAAGAAGAAGAAGAAGAAGAAGAAGAAGAAGAACAACAACAACAACAACAACAACAAUAACAAGAACAAGAAGAAGCAGUCGGAGAAAAGAAAGCAGGUGGAAAAGGAGGGGGGAGGAGGAGGAGAAGAAAGAGCAGCAGCCGCAGCAGCAGCAGCAGAAGAAGAAGAAGAAGAAAAGAAGCAGGGGAAGAAGAAGAAGAAGAAGAAGAAGAAGAAGAAGAAGGAGGAAGAGGAGGAAGAGGAGGAUGGGGAGGAGGAGGAGGAGAAGAAGAAAGAGCACCAGCAACAGCAGCAGCUGCAGAAGCAGAAGCAGAAGAAGCAGGAGAGGAAGAAGAAGAAGAAGAAGAAGAAGAAGAAGAAGAAGAAGAAGAAGAAGAUGGAGAAGCCGAAGCAGCAGAAGCAGAAGGAUCAGAAGCAGCAGCAGAAGAAGAAGAAGACGAAGAAAGAGGAGGAGAAGGAGAACAUGAAGCAGCAGAAGCAGUGCAUCAUCACCAGUCAUGGCAGAUGAAAUUGAAGUCCUGCUGAAGUUUCCACAAAGCGGUGAGCAAAGCCAGGUUGUGAGAGUCAGUGCGCGCAGCUCCGAUACUGUGGAGUCUCUUCGAGAGAGAGCUCUUGCUGCCGCAGGCAUUCAAGC